ACCCAGCUGAUAUACAAGUAUGCGGCCUGAGAACCAGAGCAGCGUGUCCCAGUUCCUCCUCCUGGGGCUCCCCAUCCGGCCAGAGCAGCACGGCGUGUUCUUCACCCUGUUUCUGGGCAUGUACCUGACCACGGUGCUGGGGAACCUGCUCAUCGUCCUGCUCAUCAGGCUGGACUCUCGCCUCCACACGCCCAUGUACUUCUUCCUCAGCCACCUGGCCCUCACUGACGUCUCCUUUUCAUCUGUCACUGUCCCAAAGAUGCUCACGAACAUGCAGACUCAGCAUCCAUCCAUCCCCUAUGAGGCGUGCAUUUCACAGACAUACUUUUUCAUAUUGUUUGCUGACUUGGACAAUUUCCUUAUCACUUCCAUGGCCUAUGACAGGUACGUGGCCAUCUGUCAUCCUCUACGUUAUACCACCUUCCUGUGCCAGAGCCUUUGUAUCAUGCUGGUGGCUUUGUCCUGGGUCAUUGCUUGUGCUUGUGCUCUGUUGCACACCCUCCUCCUGGCUCGGCUUUCCUUCUGUACUGACCACAUCAUCCCCCACUUCUUCUGUGACCUCAGUGCCCUGCUCAAGUUGUCCUGCUCAGACACCUCCCUCAACCAAUUGGUAAUUUUUACUGCAGGAUUGGCAGCCAUUAUGCUUCCAUUCCUGUGCAUCCUGGUUUCUUAUGGUUAUAUUGGGGCCACCAUCCUCCAGGUUCCCUCUACCACGGGCAUCUGCAAAGCCUUGUCCACUUGUGGAUCCCACCUCUCAGUGCUGACUCUCUAUUAUGGGGCAAUUAUCGGGCUCUAUUUUCUUCCCUCAUCCAGCAACACCAACGACAAAAACAUAAUUGCUUCAGUGAUGUACACGGUGGUCACUCCCAUGCUGAACCCUUUCAUUUAUAGCCUGAGAAAUAAAGACAUAAAAGGGGCCUUGAGAAAACUCUUGAGUAAGAAAACAUUUUCUUCGAACUGA